GAAGUUCGGUUUGUUGAGACGCACUCGUUUUGUGUUAGCGGUACGCGCUUGUUCGAAUUCCGUUAAAUAUAAAAAUUAAAUUUCACUAAUUGUUUGCUUUUAGUUUUGUGUUAUUAGUUUUUCGGUUUGAGUUUGUGUAAAAGCGUUUGAACUGAGCCCCAGCUAGUGGUUUCAGCAAAAGUUAACAAAUCGCCGUUAAUCUAUGAGCAAUUUUAAGGCCGCAAACAAUAAGCGAGUAUAGUCGAGAUGUGCCUUUCGACACCAAACGUCGCCGCUGGGAACAGCAGCACUAGUGGAAAUGCUGUCAGCUGCAAUGGCAGUUGUAUGAACCUCAACAACAACAACAAAAACCACAAUAAUAAUGAGAAUGAUAAACUAAGCGCAGCGGUGAACUAUGGAGCCAGCGGCAAUGCAAACAGUGUCAGUAUUAGAAAUAGAUUUUGUACGAACAACAACAACAACAUCAAAGAAGAAGAUGAGUGUGGCGUAGCUGAUGAGCAAUCCAAAGAUUUAGCUGAUAGCUUAGGUUAUAAGGAAGAAAAUGCUGUCUACAAAGAAAUUCCACAAAAUGCAGCGACUUCAAAAGAAGCCCACCAAAUGAAGGCGACCAGCGACGAGAUCGAAUACAAUCCACAGAUCAGAUGGCCCGAUCUAAUAGCGCAAGUGUUUUUACAUACCGGUGCUCUCUACGGCAUUUAUUUGCUAUUCCAGGCGAGAUUCUACACAAUUUUGUGGGUGGUGGCGCUUAUCUGGUGUUCUGGUAUCGGCAUCACCGCUGGAGCCCAUCGCCUCUGGUCACACAAGUCUUACAACGCUUCCAUGCCAUUGCGCAUCUUGUUGGUGUUUCUGUUCACGAUCGCCGGUCAGCGUGAUGCCUACACCUGGGCGUUGGACCACAGGAUACAUCACAAGUUCUCGGAAACCGAUGCCGAUCCCCACAAUGCGCAUCGUGGUUUCUUUUUCUCACAUGUUGGUUGGCUCUUCUUGACGCCACAUCCCAAAGUUGAAGAAAAACGCAAAGUGAUCGAUAUGUCAGAUUUGCAGAAUGACAGGGUGGUGAUGUUCCAACACAAAUACUAUAUACCGUUAUUUACACUCUUCUCGAUUGGGUUGCCUGUGCUUUUGCCUUGGUAUUGCUGGAAUGAGAAUUUAUGGAUUUCAUUUUGGAUCAACUUUAAUAUGCGCUUUACCAGCACACUGAAUGCGGCGUUCUUCGUCAACAGUGUGGCCCAUAUGUGGGGCAAAAAGCCCUAUGACAAAAACAUCAGCCCCGUUGAAAGCCCUUUCGUUUCGUUCUUGGCGUUAGGUGAGGGCUGGCAUAAUUAUCAUCACGUUUUCCCUUGGGACUACAAGACCGGCGAGUUCGGCAGCUACAAAUUGAAUAUCACAACUGCGUUUAUUGAUUUUUGUGCAAAAAUCGGUUGGGCUAGUGGACGAAAAUCCGUCUCACCGGAUAUGGUUAAACGGCGCGCUGCCAAGUGUGGCGACGGUACACGCUUUCUCACCGACGAAUUCGCCCAUAAGGAUCAGGUUUGGGGUUAUGGUGAUCGCGAUAUACCAAAGGAAGAUGCCAUUGAAUUGGCCAAAAUGAAAUGAGUAUUUCAGACAAAUACACUACAACUACAACUACAACUACACAGUGAAAGUUUGUAAAUUGAGGCUCUUCAAUAAGUUUGUAUUAACUUCAACAUUCGUUCAAAUUCUUAGGUCAUUUAGACUAAGCUUUAAACUUAAGCUUUAUUCACAAUUUGUGCCUGCAAUGUGAAACGUGCGUAAAUGUUUUUUAAUAUAUUUAAUAUUAUAUACAUAUAUAUAUAUAUAUAUAAGUGCAUACAUGUAAUUAAAUACUGAACAUUGUCUAUAUGAGAAUUAGUUUGUCUAGUAUGUAAAAGUGCUACUCGUAAUUAAAAUUUAACGGUUUCCUCAUGAAUUUCGGAAAAUGAGAGUGAAAUUGCCGCAAUACACUACCAAAGCGAUUAUAAUAUAUAAAUACUAAAUAAAUAAAGAAAACGAAAAUAAAAAUAAAAUGGCUUUCCUUCAGUCA